AUGGCAACAUCAAUAUCAACAUCAUUAUGGGAAUUGUCUGACUUAAAUUCCAUUGAUAGUGAUUUUUUUCGUCCACAAGAAAAAAAACAAUUAGAAAAUGCUUAUAAAAAUUUUUUAAUGAAUACAAAAUGUCUUUCAUAUGAUAAUGAUGAUGAUGAUGAUGGUGAUGAUUCAGACGAUGAAAAUAAUGCUCAAAUGUUAUUACAAUCAAAAAUACAAUUAUUUCAAUUAUUUAUUCGUACACAACCGGUUAAUAUUCGUAGUUUUAGUCAAUAUCAUCAACAAAAAGAACGAAUAUUUAUUGAACGUUUAUUUUAUCUUGUUUUAAAUAAUGUUGAAUUAACACAUUUUUCAACAUAUAAUGUUGAUUCAAUAAUAAAUAUAAGUAAAGAAUUAGAAAAAUAUCAACGUUCAACACAUAAAAUAAUAUUAAAUACUGGAAAACUUAAUACAAUUAUUCAAUUUGUUUUAUCUUUUUCAUCAUCAACUGUAGCAACAUUUCAAUUAAAUAAUCUUUUUUAUUUAUUAUUAAAUGAUAUGAAUGAUUUUUCCAGUAAAAUAAUUGAUAGAAUAGCUGAUUUAUUACGUAUAUAUCAUUUAAUGACAUAUGGACAUAUUAUUACAAGACAAUAUUUAAUUUCAACAAUUGAUAAUGCAAUCAGUACUGCUAAUUAUGCUAAUCCUGUUAUUUAUCCAUUAUAUGAAAAUUUUCUUAAUACAUCCUAUGCUUAUAAAGGUCCAUUUAUUGUAACAUCAUCAAGAAAUUCAUCAAAAAAUAUAUCACGUAUAUCACUUUAUACAAUAAUUCAAAAUUUAUCUAUUCUUUUAUUGGGUCUUAAAAUAGAUGAUUUUGAAUAUGAAGAACAAUAUCUUUCAAUAUCAUCUGAACAUUGUUAUCAUAUACGUUUAGUUAUACGUCGUUUAACAUAUUUAUUUAAAAAAUAUCAUUAUUCAAUUGAAUAUCCAUUAGAAAAUAUUGAUAAACAAAUAAUUAUUUAUUUAAUUAAAUCAAUUAUAUUAUAUGAUAAAAGUUCUGAUCAAUUACGACGUUUACUUGAUUUAUAUAUGUUAUCAAUACAUGGAUUUUCUCAAAUAAAAAUAAAACGUCUUUUAUAUGAUUUAUUAAUUAAUUCAUCAUUUGAACAUUAUUCAAUUGAAACAAUAAGAUGUUUUAUUGAAUUAAAUCGUAUUGAUGAUGAUCAAUCUGAAACAACAUCAUUUAUUGAUUAUGAAAAUAAUAAUCUUCAAGAUGAUUUAUGGCUUAAUGAUCAACAAAUUCGAUUUGUUACACAUAAAUUAUAUUCAAAUCAAAUUUAUAAAGAAAUUUUUAUUCCAUUAAUUAAUGGAGAUUUUAAUCAACAACAAAUUAUUCAAGAUAUUUUGACAUAUUUAGAUAAUAUACAAUUAGAACAAGAACAACUUAUUGAUGUUCAAGAUCUGAAAACUAAGUUGGCCAUACUUCCAUGA